AAUAAUAAAAUCCAUCUUUAUAAACGGACACAUUGUUAUCCGUUAAAUAUAAAAAACAUUAAAUAAAAAUAAAAAAUAAUGUCGUAUCUAUUUAAUAAAUACUCAAACUCGUAUUCUUAUAAUUUUAUUGCCAUUAUCACUUUUACAAUAUUCGUACAAAUUCUUACUAAAUCAUUGGCAUCCAAGGCGGAAUUUAAUGAAACCUCAAAUACGGUUAAUCAAAAAUCACGUCCUUCGUCCGGUCGUUCCUUGCUAACGCACACCGAUGAAUAUGUGGCACGUAAUCAAAAACGUUGCGUUGAAUAUCGCAGUCUGGUGUCGUGUAUUAAAUAUAAAGCAUCAAAAAUUGUUUGGAAAUUGGCUACGAAUGGUAUGGGUUACUUUCCAAAUGAGUAUGGACGUGAAUUACGUGAUGAUAAGCGGCGAAUACGUUUUAUACAAUUGGAACAGCCGGCCGAUGAAAUUGUUGUUUUUAAUGAUGCACGCAGUUUAGAAGGUGAUAAUGAAAUAACACAUAUUGUGAAAUUUCUAAAACGUGCAGCUGAAACCUUUGGACAAAAUCAUGGUAUACAAUUGAUGUUGACAAGUGAUAGUGGAGCACGUAUUUCCGCCGGAGAAAUGGAAUCACGUGGUUUACACGAGAAAAGAAAACGCAAAUGGUUGAUUAUAUUACCUCUAAUAAUACUGAUGAAAAUUGCCCAUUUAAAAAUGACUGUUGUGACUUUACUACUGGGAGUGUUGGGCCUAAAUGUUCUACUAGUGGGUGGUGUAGGCUGGCUGAUACAUUAUUUGAAGUUUAAAACUUUGUGUAAAAUACAUCCACAAUUAGUGCAACAUCAUUCACAUGUUUACGAUUCUGAUCCGGCUGAUUUCCUUUCCAUGGAUGAUAAUGCACAUAUUCAGAUUAUUCCCAGUUCGUUGGCAGCAGCUUUCCUGGCUCCUAUUACAGCGCUGCUGGGAAUGGUCCUCAUGAGGUUGGCAGCAAUUACUAUUCAAAAGACUGGAGCACGAGCAAGGCUUACAAUGGCUACAACUACCUGGACACCAUAAGCAAACGCAUUAAAUAGCUAAAGACCACAAUGUUUCGUUGGUUCUAUCGUUUUGUCCGCCGUGGAUUUGUGCGCGUAUUUCGCAAGAUGGUUCCGAUUAUUGGUUAUAAUCAGGCAAAUAAUUUUGCUUUAAUGUUGGUUAGUUUCUUAAGUCAUUUGUUUUAGUAAGUACACAAAAAGUGCGUUAUUUAUUCUUAACCUAUUUAUGUGAAAAAAUUUGCUUAUUUAUUUAAUUAACUUUUAUUUAUUUCUUUUAUAAUAAAAAACAAGACGAAUUUACUGUACUUAUAAAUAUAAAUGUAA